CCCCCGUCGCCACUGCUGCUGCUUUUGCCCCUGCUGCCGCUGUGGCUGGGCCUGGCGGGGCCCGGGGCCGCGGCGGACGGCAGCGAGUCCGCAGCCAGGCCGGGCCGGGGCGGAGCCCGCGCCGUGCGGGUGGAAGUGAAGCUGCAGCGGCAGGACGCUCUGAUCCUGGAGGGUGUCAGGAUAGGCCACGAAGCCGACCCGGCGCCCCCCCUGGGCGGCCGCCUGCUGCUGAUGGACAUCGUGGAUGCCGAGCAGGAAGUGCCCGUAGAAAGCUGGAUUGCAGUGGCGUAUGUGGGCAGGGAGCAGGCGGCCCAGUUCCACCAGGAGAACCAGGGCAGUGGCCCCCAGGCCUAUCCCAAGGCCCUGGUCCAGCAGAUGCGGCGGGCCCUCUUCCUGGGAGCCUCUGCCCUGCUUCUUCUCAUCCUGAACCACAAUGUAGUCCGAGAGCUGGACAUAUCACAGCUUCUGCUCAGGCCAGUGAUCGUCCUCCAUUAUUCUUCCAAUGUCACCAAGCUGUUGGAGGCACUGCUACAGAGGACCCAGGCUGCAGCCGAGAUCACCAGUGGAGAGUCCCUGUCAGCCAAUAUUGAGUGGAAGCUGACCCUGUGGACCACCUGUGGCCUCUCCAAAGAUGGCUACGGAGGAUGGCAGGACUUGGUAUGCCUGGGAGGCAGUCGUGCCCAGGAGCAGAAGCCCCUGCAGCAGCUAUGGAAUGCCAUCCUGCUGGUGGCCAUGCUUCUGUGCACAGGCCUUGUGGUCCAGGCCCAGCGGCAGGCAUCGCGGCAGAGCCAACAGGAGCCCGGAGGCCAGGUGGACCUGUUUAAGCGCCGUGUGGUGCAGAGACUGGCAUCCCUCAAGACCCGGCGCUGCCGUCUGAGCAGGGCGGCACAGGGUCUCCCAGAGCCUGGCAUGGAGACCUGCGCCGUGUGUCUGGACUACUUCUGUAAUAAGCAGUGGCUCCGGGUGCUGCCCUGUAAGCACGAGUUUCACCGAGACUGCGUGGACCCCUGGCUGAUGCUCCAGCAGACCUGCCCACUGUGCAAGUUCAAUGUUUUGGGGAACCGCUAUUCAGAUGAUUAGGUGCUCAAGCUGGGACUCUCCACGUGGGGACAGACCCUUCCCACCUGCAACCCAGCCCUCAGCCUGGGCUCCUGGGACAGGACAGUAGGUCCUGUGAGUGGGAGGAAGGAUAGGGACCCCACCGUGUCCACACUGGGAAGGAGGGACCUGCAACCCCAGCUGAGGAUACAGGGCCAGGACCAGUCGAGGAAGAGAGGUCGCUUUGGGGCCCUUCUCUGCAAUCCUGGGACAUCUGAAUCUGCCCUCCUCACAGGCAACUCCCAGGACUCUAGUGAAAGAGAAUGUGGGGCCAGGGCAGCUGUCCCUAGGGCUCUGGGAGCUCUGUGUGGCCUGUCACAGCAUCCCUGGAGGCUGAGGCUGUGGCUGCAGUGUUUGGGUUUUGUGCUUAUUUAUUGGGGGCUGGCUUGAGGGAGGAGCUGUCUGGCCUUGGGGUACCUGGGCCUGACCAUCUUUCAGGAUACCUCUUGGUCAAUGCCAUGGUGUUAAACCCAGAGACUCCUCCACUGUCUGCUGCCUCAGUCCAUGGGCAUUGGGAGCUGCAAGUCCCACUGCCUGUGCAGCUGGACUCCCUUCCCGGGCUUGGCUGAGACCAGAGGCCUUAAGAACCAUCCGGUCCUGUACUUCGUGGUUGGGGCUGUGUCACUGACUGGGAUACUUGAAGCCACAGGAUCAAUGUGGUGCAUCUUCCAGGGGCAUCCACUUUUCUAAGAGUUGGGGUAGGGAAGGUUUAAUAGUGAAAUAAACAUGGAUAUAUUUUAACAUAA